AUUUUCUGGGGCAGCGGAUCAGCUGACCCCUCUGGUAGCUUUUGACUACGAUCCUCGAACUCGUUAAAACGUGUCCGGGACCAGUAAAGACGAUCCUCGCGGAGUGCUCGCGGACCCGCGGAGUACGAACUCGUGCCCGUCAAAGUUGAUCUGGCUCGUUAUCGUAGUGUGGUGUGCGAGUUGCGUAAGUGGCAAUAAAAGUGAGGGUAAAGCACCGAUAAAAGUUGGUGGAAGAGGGGCAGGAGGAGGCCGUGAAAGAAGGUGGAGGAGUUGCGGUAGGAAGUGCGUAGAGCGUGAAAAUACGGAUCUCGAUUGAAUCGCCUCGUGGUCCGUGCGGAAGGCUCAUCUCGGUUGUCAAGGUGCAAGAUGUGCGGGACCAAUAUGGUGUUGUUGGACAUAAGUGUCCAGUGCGGGUGUUGACUGUCCACGGACGGACGGACGGGCGCUUCGGCGGCGAUAUGAGUUCGAAAUUCAUAAUCGAUAGUAUGCUACCGAAGUACCAUCAACAAUUCCAUCAUCAACAGUUGUUCUCCAGUGCGAAUUCCAGUUCCGUUCAGGCUUGCUCUUCAAGUCCAGCUUCUAGUUUAGAAUCCAGUUUGUCCGCGGCGGCUGUUGCAGCAGCGGCAGUUAAUUACGCUCAACACAACUCUCCGAGUCCGACGGGCUCAAGUCCUCAGCACUCAGGAAGUUCGGCUUCCACAUCCCCAGCGGCGCGCGCCACAUCAAGCAUGUAUCCUUACGUUUCGGCGGCUGCGGCCCAUCAUCAUCAUCAGCAGCAGCAGGCUGUUGCAGCUGCUGCUUUUGGGGCCACAUCAAGCAUGGUCCCCGGGUUUGGUUCAUCAGCGGCAUCGAGUGCAGCCUUGGCGGCUGCUGCGGCUGUUGAUGCGGCCACCGGCGGCGACAAGUCCUGCAGGUACACCGCGAGUCUCACCGGAAAUGUUGCCCCUUCGGCUGGUGAUCCUAUGGUCAAUUACACAUUGGGACACCAUCAUCAGAAUGGUGCUACCCCUGGUAGCCUUGUGUCCUCAGCUUCGGCGUCUUCGGCGGUCUCUGCAGCUUCUGCAUCCAUGGCGGCUGCAGCACAAUUCUACCAUCAAGCAGCCGCCGCUUCUGCUGUUGUUGAUCCUUUGGCUUCCUGUCAACAGCCCACGAGUGGACAACCUGGAAUACCUGAGAUUCCCCGCUAUCCAUGGAUGUCCAUCACCGAUUGGAUGAGCCCCUUCGACAGAGUCGUCUGUGGUCCCAAUGGCUGUCCGAGGCGUAGAGGUCGACAAACCUACACGCGGUUCCAGACGCUCGAGCUGGAGAAGGAGUUCCACUUCAACCACUACCUGACGAGAAGACGGCGAAUAGAGAUCGCGCACGCCCUUUGUUUAACCGAGCGGCAAAUCAAGAUCUGGUUCCAGAAUCGGCGGAUGAAGCUGAAGAAGGAGCUGAGGGCGGUGAAAGAGAUCAACGAGCAGGCUCGACGGGAGCGGGAAGAGCAGGACAUGAUGAAGAAACAGCAGGCGGAGAAGCAGGCCAAGAUGCAGCAGGAGCAGCAAAAUGCCCUGCAGCAUCAGCAGCACCACGUCGGUGGUCUCGACAAGACGCAGAGCGAUCUCCUCAAGGCUGUCAGCAAAGUACCCACAUAGGAGACCUUGCUCAGGCGACUCUCUCUUCUUUAGAAGAGAGCACUAACCGCGAAGCACACACUCGACUACGUACUUAUACCUGGCGAGCCUCCAGCGCUAAUUGGUCGCUGUGGUCUCGCUCGACUGAUCCCUAGAAUGUAUUUUUUGUAAGAACGGAGGCGACAACGAGCCAUCACGAACUCGUACGAUUGGUGUUGCUCCAUCAGGACAAUUGCCAACCGAGGAUGUCGAGACGACUACCAAGGCAAAGUCGUCCAAACGAUUCCGUAGCAAAGUCGUCGAAGAGAAGAAGACUGCAUCGUUUACGUUUUUUUUCUGAUCGCGAAAGAACAGAUUAAACGGAAACCCAGGUCCUUCCGUAACUAGUUAAUACUAAGGUAGCGGAUGGAGGAACCUCUGGAUUGACCAAGUGCAACAAAUUUCAAAUUCAGCAAGGAUUGUGGUAGGAAAAGAAGAAGAAGAAGGCUCUCGUUCGUCGAACGGUUCUCAACUCCUUUGAUGAUAAUCACUUCUGAUGCUUUUGCUUCUGGUGAAGAUUCUACUCCUGCAUCGAUAAAGACUUAAAAAUUUGCUGACGGCAAAUUUCUGUCGGGAGUGGAACGAACUUUAAAUCCGGUCAGGUGAAAGUUGUUGGAAUUCUCGGUGAUUCAUUUCAAUCUGUGACUAUUCUAGAAUCUAGGAUCUAAUUGACGAUUCAAGUUCGCAAUAGUGUUCGGGACCCUUCUGGGACUCGGAAAAGACAAGAAGAUGCGAUUUAUGUUUAGGGUAAUUCUGUCUGAUGGAAUCGAAGAUUCUGCAAAUUCUCAGAGUUUGGAGAAUCGUUCAGUUAUACCGGUGCUAAGACAAAAAUUUAUGUGUUCGGUUUAUUUAUAAUUGAAUUUGAUUAUUGAUUAGGUAGAGAAAGGAAAAAUGAAAACUGCGGGAUUCGGAUAGGGAGGGAAGAAAAUUUUCGUUCCAGCAAUUAGUGUAACUAGUUGUUUUACAAACAGGCGAAAGGUUAUUAUUUCAAUUGAAAGCAGCCCCAUUAAUCCAAUAGAUGGCGCUCCGAUCAGGUAGGCCUGUUUUUGCACUUUUAUGUAUAUCAAAAAUACUAAAAUUCAUUAAAAACUUAAUAUUUUUUAUGAGUAUAAAAGGGAGAACAAAGGUUUCAGUAACAAUGAAAGCAACUAUAAUUAGUAAUCCAAAAAAUUUAUGAAAACAUGUAAUUUAAUAUUAGGGAAAU